GAUUAUUUUAAAAUUAAAAUAAUCCCAUUUAUUUUAGAGAAAUAAUCGUCUGCUACCUUGUGUAAAGCUAUCAUUACGUGGCAAUCGGCAAACCUCGGUCAUUAUCUAUAGAUUGUUUACAUCACGCUGGUUACCGUGUUUAUCUUAUCAUUUCUAUAUAGAGCCGGGUUUAAAGAGUUAGCUGUUAAUAAUAUAAAAGCCCGAGUUUCUCGUGCAACUUUCUCAGUUUUUGUUUGACGACGAAGCAUUAACACACUCAAUUAGAGUAAGCUGAAAUUUAUUAGCCAUGCCACGAGGUCGUACACGCCGAAGGAUUCAACCUUCGAGAAGAGAAAUGGCCAUGCGACGUAGCGAGAGAGGACGGGCAGCUUCAGUACCUGAAAUUCCUCUAGGGGAGCGUCGUUUGCAGAGAAAUGCACGAGGGACCGUCGAAUGUCAACAAAAUUCAACUCCACGUCGUGCAGGUAGAGCAGUAGAUGAUUGUGGUAGCGCCCAGCCCCAACAGAGUCAAGAGCACGUGCAGGAUAACCCGCACGUCGAUGCCAGACAAUCGAGGGGUCAGAAGCGCCAAGCCGACGAAUUGGACGACAUGGUGGAUGUCAGGCUUCUAGAGACUGAAGCGGAUGUUUGGGUCCUGGGUGACUCGAUCCCGUUCUGGGCUGGACAGCGGGCAAAGAAUACAGGAAAGCCUAAUUUGAGAUUGAAAGAUUUAACAAUAGCCUGGUGGGGUGUUCGAGGCCUAAGUUGGCAGUCUUUCCGUCACUCUAUUGAAUCACAGGUGUUAUUUUCUUCACCUCCAUCCAUUAUUAUUGUUCAUUUAGGAGGUAAUGAUUUGGCAGAUUUACCUAUUUUAAAUUUGAAAGAUGUUAUUCGGGAUGAAAUUUUUUACUUACGUGAAGCUUUCCCUACAAUGGUACUAAUUUGGGUAGAUAUAUUACAGAGGCAGACCUGGCAUAAUGCCACGGGGGGUUGGGUUGCUAUGGAAAAUAAACGCAAACGAGUUAACAGGAUAGGCCGUCAAUUAGUUCAUUCAUCUGGUAAAAGUGACACAAUUAAGCCAGACAUUGAUGCUAAAACUGCAUUUUUUCGGGCAGACGGGGUUCAUCUCAAUGAUAUUGGUUUGGAAUUCCUCCUAGAUUACUUCAAAGAUUCUAUCAUUAAAAAUGUACCAGUCUCCCAAUAAGAAUUUGG